UUCUUGGGAGAGCAGAGCAGCAAGCGCAGCAACACCGCAAGGCUAUAAAAUGACUAUGAUGAACUUAGACUCGUCUCCAGGAAUUAUCAAUUUGUUUGUUUUUUACACUGGCAUUCACAGUAACAUAUUUCCCCCCCAAAAAACUGAACAGUAACGGUUUGGACUGGAGUUCACAAACUAUAACAGGAUCGGUGGCAGCUCCGCAUGACGUCAGAGGCGCUGGUGUGCUGAACAGUUCUUGGAAUUGGCGAAUUUUAAAAGCCAAACCCACACUCUUUCCUUCACACGCUUAGAACCCAUUCUAGUGACAAUAGUCAUCGCACUGCUGCUCUGUAUUCUCUUUGUCUAAAUUAUACAUUUAUUAUAGUGCUUUUGAAUUAGUUAAUUACCGUCUAUUAACAUAUGGGAUAUUCGGACGCGUCUUCUCUAUUCACUGAACAGAUGCGUGGGACAUUCAGAACAAAAUAACACAUUCCUUUGUUUGACCGGCUAUAUUUUCGUUAAACCGCUGUGGAAUUAGACUAGUACGGGAUAUUGAAGACUGACCAUCAUGAUUCUUUGUGUUCAAGGUAUCUUGUAUACAGCCCUAGACCACUGCUGUCUGGUACACCCACAGAGGGCCACCUAGGAAUGCGGACAGUGAGCGUCUCCUCCCCUCACUGCAUUCACAGCACCUCUCCGCAGUGGGACCCCACAAAAGACCUGCGCACCAUCGCAAAAAACGUCUUCUACCUUGAUACCUCAGGCUGGUACUGGGGAGCCAUCACAGCAGGUCAGGCCCAUGCAGCUCUGCAGGCAGCGUCAGAAGGGGCCUUUCUGAUUCGAGACAGCAGCCAUCCCCUGUACAUGCUGACUCUGUCUGUUAGGACUGCCCGUGGCCCCACCAGUAUACGCAUACAGUACAGUGGAGCCCGGUUUCUGCUAGACUCCAGCUCGCCAGCCCGACCCAGCCUUCUGUCCUUCCCUGACGUGCCUAGCAUGGUGCAGUACUAUGUGGGACCAGGGAGGAAGGUGGAGGAGACUCAUGGUGGCAAGCCUGCCCAGAGGACAGUUCAGGAGAGCACAGUACUGCUGAAGCUCAAGCGGGCCCUGCACAAGCCCCAGGCCUUCCCCUCCCUACAGCACCUCGCACGCCUCACCAUCAACUGCAGCACAGACUGUCCCGACCAGCUGCCCCUGCCACGCCCACUGGUGCGCUUCCUGCAGGACUACCCCUUCCAGGUAUGAGGGUCCUGUGAUCUACAUGCCUAUGGAGGGCAAAGCUGAAUUAAAAGAAACCGUUCAACUAAAUCUUGAGGAGCGCUGUCAGAAAUAGGUUCCUGGCAGCUGGAAACCACAUCACUGCACUGGUCAGUAAUAAAGCCACACCGGACAUAUGGUUGGUCUUGAGGGGGAAGUGGAGUUCUGCGUACCCUGCCGCAGGAGAUUCACUGGAAAACAAAACAUGGUGCUAACUAUAGUGUAUCCCCAUGUUAUGGGGGAUAUGCUCCCCACCCUCAUGUGCCGUGGGCAGUGAAUUGUUUUCCAGUGAGAUGUAUUUUCAAUGUUUUAUUGCUGUUUCAGUCACCAUUUGUCAUUUUUUACCCCCCAACUCUGUACAUAUCCCUUUUUCUAUAAAAAAGAAUAUUCAACAUGA